AUGUAUCCAAGUGAUCGCAAGAGACCUAGCACGGCCCAGGAUGAAGUUCAUGAACGGAGAAAGUCUGGUUGCUACCCGAGAAGGACAAGACUGACGGCGGGUGCUGCUGUCGGCGGCAAGGGGUUGGACCGGUAUAUACCACAGGUUGCCUCGAAAAAGGCGUACAGGGCGUCUCCAUCGCUUAAAAAGUUUGAUGUUAGGGAUCCGGAGCUGAUGGAGCGAUCUCCGUCUCCUGAGAGGCUGUCGAGCCCCGGUUUCUUCAACGAUUUGCGAAGUACUGGACAUUACGAAGCGAUCACGGGCAGAGAAAGGAUUGGCGAUUCCACGUCGGUCACCGAGCCCUCUGUCUCGGGAGUCGUUUCCACUACAACGGUCGGAACGGAGACUCCGAACUUGUCAUUUGAGCAAAAACGUCAUCGAGAGUACAUCGCCGAUUCAUUGGGGUUUCAGUCUCCUCAGAGAGUGUUCCAGUUUGCAGGUUGCGUUUCAAAGAGUCGUAACGAUCAUAGCGGGGGUUCUUCCAAGCUGCAGAGCGUUCACGGAUCUGUAGCCCAGCACCACCACUAUCUUACAGUGGAUCCGUUGACUACAGCUUUGCCGCCGAGCAAGGCUAUGGCGCAUCUAGCGACCACCGCGUUCUCAGGGAUGAGCCAAAGCCGGUCAUUUGUCUCGGACGAGGGUGCCAAGCGGCCUGCCAAGCGGCUUAAAUCACACAUUCCCUACCGCGUUCUAGAUGCUCCUUGUCUGAGGAAUGACUUCUACUCGAAUUUGAUCUCUUGGUCGAAGAGCACAGACAACAUCAUGGUGGGCCUGGGAUGCUCAGUGUACAUGUGGUCCGACAAGCAUGGUGCAGUGCCGGUGCUAAGUCACGACUACCUGAAUCGCAAGCAUGACAUCGUUACAUGCGUAUCAUUCUGCCCUCAGAACGCACUCUUCGUCGUUGGUACUAAACAGGGCCGAGUUUUGUUAUUUGAUCAAGACGUAUGCUUGAAACGACGCCGGCUCGAAGGAGAAGCGCUGAAACCUCUCUGCGAAUAUCAGUCGACGACACUCAGAGGGAUUAGCUGCGUGCAAUGGCUUCACAGAGGCAAGGGAACCAAUUUAUUGGUAGGAGAAGAGUGUGGAGAUGUUAGCUAUCUUGCAGUUAAGGAAACACUGCGACUUCUAGAUACUAACUUUGCCGGUCAAAAUGAAUCUGAAAGUCGCAGAGGUCAGGCAACACAGCUUUUAGAUUAUGCCGAGGAAUACCAAAAUUUUAAGUUACAAUUCAUUUCCAGGUUCCAGGCACAGUCUCAACAGGUUUGCGGUACGUUUUUGUCGAAUACCCUGGCGCCAAAGUUGGGCCGAAUACUAACUGUCAUAACACUAAAGGGCUAUCUCUGA